ACGUGGGCCGCGGGCGGCGCGACUCGCGGCUCUGGGCGCUGGUGGCCGCCGGUUCCCGCUCUCGCCGCCCCUGCCUUUCGCCCGCACCGCCACCAGGUGCACUACUGUCAGGUACGCCCUCGCCAGGUGGCCCUGCAGGCGCCAGGCUGGGGCCGCCUCUGAGCGCCCCGCGGGGGCCAUGGAUGGCGAGACAGGAGAGGAACAGGGGGUCCCAUUGCCCCGGGCAGGUGCGCCCUCCGGACCCGACCCAGCGGGCUCUCUGGACUUCGCGGGGCGGCCAGAGCCCAAGAAGCACGCAGUGACCGAUGACUACCAGUUGUCCAAGAAGGUGCUGGGCCUGGGUGUGAACGGCAAGGUGCGGGAGUGCUUCCACAGGCUAACGGGGCAGAAGUGUGCUCUGAAGCUCCUGUACGACAGUCCCAAGGCCCGGCAGGAGGUGGAGCACCACUGGCAGGCCUCGGGCGGCCCGCACAUCGUGCGCAUCCUUGACGUCUAUGAGAACAUGCACCACGGCAAGCGCUGCCUGCUCAUCGUCAUGGAGUGCAUGGAAGGUGGUGAGCUAUUCAGCAGGAUUCAGGAGCGUGGCGACCAGGCUUUCACUGAGAGAGAAGCCGCAGAGAUCAUGCGUGAUAUUGGUACCGCCAUCCAGUUCCUGCACAGCCAGAACAUCGCCCACCGAGACGUCAAGCCUGAAAACCUGCUCUACACGUCCAAGGAGAAAGAUGCAGUGCUCAAGCUCACCGACUUUGGAUUUGCCAAGGAGACCACCCAGAAUGCCCUGCAGACACCCUGCUACACCCCCUAUUAUGUGGCUCCUGAGGUCCUGGGUCCACAGAAGUAUGACAAGUCAUGUGACAUGUGGUCCCUGGGCGUCAUCAUGUACAUCCUCCUGUGCGGCUUCCCGCCAUUCUACUCCAACACGGGCCAGGCCAUCUCCCCGGGGAUGAAGAGGAGGAUCCGCCUUGGCCAGUAUGGCUUCCCCAACCCUGAGUGGUCGGACGUCUCCGAGGACGCCAAGCAGCUGAUCCGCCUGCUGCUGAAGACGGACCCCACAGAGAGGCUGACCAUCGCACAGUUCAUGAACCAUCCCUGGAUCAACCAAUCCAUGGUGGUGCCACAGACCCCACUGCACACGGCGCGAGUGCUGCAGGAGGACAGAGAUCACUGGGACGAUGUUAAGGAGGAGAUGACCAGCGCCCUGGCCACCAUGCGGGUGGACUAUGACCAGGUGAAGAUCAAGGACCUGAAGGCCUCCAACAACCGGCUCCUCAACAAGCGGAGGAGGAAGCAGGCAGGCGGCUCUGUGGCCGCGCAGGGCUGCAACAACCAGUAGCUGGCGGCCGGAGAGGCCGGUGCAGGCGCAGGGACGGGCUGCGGGGACCGAGGCCCUGCCCCAGAGCUCCCAGGGCCAUUUUUUUUU